UUACCAUAAAAAUUCACCAACUAUCUCUCUUCUAAUCACAUAAACCUAAUUUUCUUGUUUUUACAAAACUAUGGAAAUUGAAGCUACUACUGUUCAGAAAAGAAGAAGCAUACCAACAAUAGCCAUGCACAAACAGUCAAGAACACUCACCAAAUCGAAACCUAAGAUCCGCAUCAUCCACAUAUUUGCACCGGAGAUCAUUAAGACCGACGUCUCUAACUUCCGGGAAACCGUCCAGAAUCUCACCGGAAAACAAGAUCAUCACCACGACCUCCCCCACCAAAAGGGUCUCAAAAGAAACCCUAGAUCUAGAGGAAGUAAUGAUCAUUAUGAUCAUCAACAAGUCCAUCACAUGAACAAAAGAUUCUGCAUAAACUCAGAAGUAGAAGACGAAGAAGAAGAAGGGAUGGUGUCGAUGACGUGGAACGGAAAUGGCGGUGAGAGCUCCGGUGGGUUCUUGAACGGGUUAGGGGAUUUCGACGGCUUCAUUCAGGAGCUAGGUGAACUCCCUUAUUUACCCUUCACCAUUGAUCCUGUUGUUGCUUCUUCUGCCCACUUACAUGGCAACGUUUUCGCAGAACCUCACCAUUAUACCUAAAUCGUCUCAAGCGGAAACAUUUUUUAA